UGAUUUGAUGUUUCGUGAUUGACUAUUUGACUUCUCAAUUUAUCAAAAAAUACAAAACAAACAUUGGUACAAAUUAAAUAAAUCAAAUAAUAAUUUGUUGAUAAUUAUGGCUCAUAUACAAUGUGUAGAUGAAUUAGUUCGUGAAUACUUAUUAUUCAGAGGGUUUAACACCACCGUAAAAGCUUUUGAUACCGAUCUUAGGGCAGAUAAAGACAAGGGUUUUAGGGUGGAUAAAAUAAUUGAUCAAAUUUUACAUUACAUCAAUGUUUCUGAUUUAAAUGGUCUUAAAGAAUAUUGGUCUCACCUUGACAGUCUAGUAUUCUCAAAAUUGGAAAUUCAUGUUCAGCCUGCCGUUCGAAAGCUGGAGUAUAGCCUGUAUAAGUUGUAUCUGGUAACGGCUGCUCAAAGUGCUGGCGGAGUGCGAAAUGAGAAAGUUGCAGAAUUCUUAGCCAAAAUGUUACCAGAGCUUCAAGGGCAGAAUGAAUGGAGAGAUUGGUUUAUGCUACCUUAUAUUCAAAAGCCAGAGGAGAACCCGUCAUUCAGCCUAUAUUUUACGCGCGCCUGGCAAGAUAGUGUACUUGUCUCUCUCCACAACCUGUUGGCCACUGUGUUCCAGUGCAUGCCACAACCAACCCUCACCAGCUAUGAAAGUGAUGCUGCUUUAGUUAAAAGACUGCAAGAUGAAUUAGCCGCUUUGAAAGGAAAGAUACAGCAACAGCCAACAUCACUGGAAAAGACCUCCCCUAUAGGCCACCAGUCUCGUCUCUCUCAAUAUUCAGAGAGGUUGAGUGGACCAUUGCCACUCGUAGAUGAUUUCUGUGCUGUGCCUUCAGAACAGCUUGACAGUGGUGUCAGAGAAGCCAAAGGCCUCCGUGGUUUAUUGCGCCAGAUGGGAGGCAGCCCAGUCAUGGGAAGAAGAUCGGCUAGAUCACAAAGCCAAAACUGAUUCUUAUUUGUUAAUAAUUUAAAAGCAUUGAACCUGU